CGCUUAGUAGCCAUUGAACCAGCAGGCAGGCAGGCAGAUACGGGAACACUGUCGAAAAUAAAUAACUGAAACAAAUUUCAAUGAACAACCAACGACUGAUUAGUUCAGUGCUCUGUCUGUUGACAGCGCUGCGGUUAACCAACGGCUACAAUAUAGGAGCCACCAAUAGCAUCAGCAGCAUCGACAGCAGCGGCAUUCCCGGCAAUGGCAGCCUGGAGGCGCUGCCAGAGGUUCAUGGCAGCAAAUUCUUCUACUUUGGAUUCGGCAGCAACAUGCUGGCCCAGAGGAUACACAUACAAAACCCCACUGCGAGGAGGGUCGGGGCAGCCCUCCUGGCCGACUAUCGCUUGGACUUUGCGCGUGAGGGACCACGCUGGAGGGGAGCUGUGGCCACAAUUGUGCCAACACCGGGCGAACACACGUGGGGCGCUCUCUGGGAGAUCGAUGUCAGCAAUCUGGAUGACAUAGACAACCAGGAGGGCGUACAUCUGGGCAUCUAUGAGGCACUCACUGUGUACGUAAAGCUCCGCGAUGAGGAGACUGCCACCCCGGCACGUGCCUAUAUGCUGACCAAAGCCCACCAGCCGGAGACCAAUCUGUACCACAUGACUCCCGAUGAAGUGCCCCAGGAGCGGCAGCCGUCAAAGACCUAUCUGCAGUGCCUGGUCAAGGGGGCCGUCGAGAGUUCGAUACCCGAAGCGUAUGUCAUUCGGUUGCGCUCCAUCAAACACAAUGGCAGGGUGGCCAGCAAUCUGGAGGAGAGGCUGGAAUUGCAGGAUGUUAUUCUUCCAUAAUCUGAUCAAAUAAAUUGUACCAAAUUCCAGGG